AAUAAAUCUUUCAUCUGGAUAUCAUUUAGAGACAAAUAAGAUGAGUGGUUUUGGUGGUGGAAAUCGUUGCAAAGUGUGUGGCAAACCUGUUUAUCAUGCUGAGCGUGCAGAAGGAAGCAACGAGUUUCACAAAAUGUGUCUCAAAUGCACAUUAUGCAAUAAGCUCUUAGACAGCACAACUGUUACGAUGCACGAGGACAAAGCAUAUUGCAAAUCCUGCCAUGGUAAGAACUUCGGGCUGCAUGGCUAUGGAUAUGGCCAAGGUGCUGGGGUGCUUUCAAUGGAUUUUGGAAAAAGUGCUCCUGGUUCUACGGCACCAAGCGCGCCAAAGCCGCAAGGAACAAGCGUGUUUGACGGCAAACCCGUCGCAGGUGGUCCGGAUGAUUGUCCCAGAUGUGGAAAGAAAGUUUACGCGGCUGAAAAGAAACUUGCCGCAGGAAGGUCAUUUCAUUCUCGUUGCUUGCGGUGUUUCGACUGCGGUAAAGGACUGGACAGUGGUUCACUGAAGAGUCGAGAGUCAGCCAUAUAUUGCCAAGGAUGUUAUGGUAAGCAAUUUGGUCCGAAAGGCUAUGGCUUUGGUGGAGGAGCUGGAACACUCACGCACACGCAAUGAAAUUGGUCUACGCUGUGUCAUCCUUUUGACUUGAAUUUAAUAAAUUUCUAGGUUACUAAUUAAAAAUUGAGAAUGGUCUAAAUCAACUGAACCCCCAUUUAUAUUUGCAUUCAUAAUGUAUACCUAUAAUAAACGAUUACAAAAAUAUUGUCAUAGUAUGGAUUACUUAGAAAUUUGUAUUGGUCGUAACAAGGUUAGUUCGUUUUGAAAUAAUAGCAAAUUUGUUUACAUUUUCCAGG